GAGAAGUAGGGAGGAGGGAGGAGGAUGGAGGUCAGUCACUUGGUGGUGGCUGAGGAGAUAGGCAGCUUUUCACCUUCUCGUACCGCGCGUCUACCUUACUUAGAACAUGGUGACUCUUCGUGUGUACCCUCUGCUGGCCCUGCUGGUGCUCCUGUGUGGAGCCCACGCGGACAGGGAGGGAGAAUGCAUCGAGGUUGGGUUUGCGCGGACAGCAGGCUCCAUGCUGCACCAGGGCUACGAGGCUGCCAAGGAGACCCUGCUGGCGCGCUGGGCAGACGAGGAUCUUAACGGGAAGCCAAAGUACUCCAACUUCUCCCCACUUCUGAAGAAUGUGACGCGAACAGGGCAGCUCCUGGAGGCGGCGUCGCAAGCCAUCAUAGGUCUGGUGAGGAAGACUCGCGUUGGCAAAAGGUGCGCUGAGGACUGGCUGCUCAAGGGCCUCGAGAAACACGUGCUGCCUCUCAUUAACGUGGACAAACAGUUUGCAGAGGAGAUGGGACUGGUCAUGUCGUUCCGCUGCAUGGUUGGCUCGCCCUACCCUAACGUGGACGGUUCCUGCAUCAACCAGGAGUCUCCAGACCUGGGCUCCGUCGGGUCAAAGUUCCUUCGCCUUCAGACCUCCACGAUGGGCUCAGACGGGUUCUCUUCGCGUGGCUCGGUGAAGGGCGGGAAGCUACCCUCCGCUCGCAGUGUGGCCGAGGUGCUGCGGAAGCAUCUGAAGCGGCCUGCCGUCACGGGACUGUUCGGCGAGUGGGGUCACUUCAUGCAGCGGGACGUGUUCAGCAUCCCGGAGUCACCACUGGCGGAGGACGUGGAUUGCUGCAAGACCCCCGAAGCACAGGACUGUGACCCUAUCCAGGUGGCCGAGGACGACCCUCUGCACGCCACGCUGCCCUGUAUCAAUUACCGCCGCUCUGCCAGGGCCCAGGCCAUCCUAGGUCACCGUGAGUCCCUGUCCCUUGUCUCCACCUACCUGGACGCCACACCUGUCUACGGCUCCACGGACAAGAUCGCCUUCCAACGCAAGACAGGCUACUUCGGUUACCUUAAGGCACCCGGGGAUGAAGACGAUGACGAGGAGGGAGAGAAGAAAACGAAGAAAGAGAAGAAGGUGGGAGACUGUGCUGCUCCGGAGAGCUUUGCAGGUUGCUUCCACCUUGAAGAGGACGAUGACUGGGUGGCUGGAGUUCGCCUACUGCUGGUGCUGGAGCAUAACCGCAUCUCCGAGAUCCUGUCAGAGAUCAACCCGCACUUUGAUGACGCUCUCCUUUACAACGAGGCCAGGCGCAUCGUGGUGGCCUCCUAUGACCACGUGACCUACAAUGAGUACCUGCCCGUGUUGAUGGGACGUCCCGCCGUGGAGAAACACACGCUGCACCCUGGCGCCGAGGGGCCUGGCUCUGGCUACAUCGCCGAGGUCAACCCAGGAGUGCUCGCAUCCUUCGCUGUCUCCUCCUACAGGAACCCCGCCAUGACGACCGAGUGGAAGAAGGAACAGGGGAAGACUGAGCUGGUGGACUCCCUUCACUACGAGUCCAUCCGGAACGACCCUUACUACGACCUGCUGGCCAUGGACAUCCAGCGCGGCCGUGACCAGGGUGUUGCUGGGUACCUGGUGUGGCGGCGCUUCUGUGACGACAAGCACGCCUACAACACCUGGGAGGACUUGGAGCGUGGCCUGGACAAGGAGCUCGUGAAGGACCUGAAGGAACUGUACCAGGACGAGCUGGACGACGUUGAUCUGCAGGUGGCGGUGCUGGAGAAUGAUACUGACGAAGGUGUUGUGGGCAAGACCUACACGUGCCUCCUGGCUGACCAGUUCGCGCGGCUCAAGACCGGCAAUCGCCUUUUCUGGGAGCACGAGUCCAGCCUGAUGACGGUGGAGCAGAAGACCUACAUCAAGGGCGUCACGCUGGCCCACCUCCUCUGUGCCAACCUGCCCAGCCUCCGCGCCACUCCCAAGAACUCCUUCCUCCCGCCCUCCGACAGUAACCCUCUGGUGCCGUGCGAGGAGCUGCGCGGCGGGAACCUGACUGCGUGGAAGGACACUUCGCUCAUAGAGAAGAUGAAGAAGGUAAAGGAGGAAGGCAGGAAGAAGGCCCAGAUACAGGAUGAAGAGGAGGCAAAGGAGGAAUCGAAGAAGGAAGAGGAAAGUGAAGAGGUUGAAGUGAAGGCAGAGGAGGAGGAAGAGGAGGGAGGAGAUCAAGUACAGCACACAGCCUCCAUCCUCCACAAAGACGAAACUCCUCACCUUGAACUCUGAGAAGGGGGACUUAAUGCCUCGUGGUGGAGAUUAGGGGGAAGUAAGGAUGAGGGGGAGUAUUAGUAAGUUAUAAUUAUGUCUGGGCAGGCGAGGAUGGAGGGAGGGAUUAUUAAUAGGUUCGUCUAAUUAUGUCUCAUUCUCUAAAAAAAAAAAAUAACUAUUAAUCCUCCUCCUUGUUUAUUAUCUAUGUUCUCUUGUGUCUCCUUUCUUCUGUUCAAAUAUGGGUAUGUUGAAAGAUGAGGGUAUAGAUGGCAGUUUCUUUUGUUGUUGUAUUUCUCUUCGAUUCUCUCUCAUUUCUUCCAUUCCUCCUUUGAAUUGUUUAUUAGGUUCUUAUUAGAUUCUUCCUCCGCACAUUUCUUACUCUCCUCCUCCGCCAUUUAUUAUUCUGUCUCGGAAGUCUCUCCUUCUCGGAUUUCCUUCUCCCCUAUUUCUUCCUCUCCUCUUCUCUUCUGUUCUGGUAUUUCCCCUUCGCACGCGUUUCCUUUCUCUCUCUCUCUCUCUCUCUCUCUCUCUCUCUCUCUCUCUCUCUCUCUCUCUCUCUCUCUCUCUCUCUCUCUCUCUCUCUCUCUCUCUCUCUCUCUCUCUCUCUCUCUCUCUCACAUGCACAAGCCUUCCUCUCAUAUCCAUUUCACCUUUGCAGUGUAUUCUCUCUUUUGCUCUCUCUCUUUCCCCUGUAUAAAUUUUCCUUCCCUUACCCCGCUGAUCACUUUCCUUUUUGGCAUUCGCAAUUAUUUUUCCCCCUGCCUACUCUUCCCUUUAUUUUCUUUUUCUCUCGCUCUUCAACCAAACACUUGAACAUUCAUGAAGUGCCCUUUCCCCAGGUAUUCUCCCUCACGUCUUACACGGACAACUUUCCAUACUCCCUUUGUGAAGUUGUCCCUCUCCUUCCCUCUCUUCCUAUUUAUUUUUUCAGCGCGUUCUUCCUUUGGUCUCCUCUUCCACCGGGCAGUAUCAUCAUCUCUCCCAAGACUCUCUCAUCCUCGUAACUCUCCUCCAUGUCUUUCGUUUAAUCAUUCCUUCAUCUGCUUUUGUUAUAAUCCUUUCCUCUCUGUCUCUGUCUCUGUCUGUCUGUCUGCCAAUGUCUUUCUGUGGUAUCUGGCUCGUCCGUUUGUACUACAGCUCCCACUCCUCGUUACCUGCCGCGAGCGUGGAGGUGUAGUCCCCUCGUCCGUCCAUCUGAGUCUAUUUGGCGUUGCUGCUACAAGUCUGCGUGUGUCUGUCACUGUGUUUGUGUUUGAGGCUCACGGCGGGCUGGGGAUGCGCCGUGAUCAAGGGGAUCGGUCAACAAUGGAGGCUGUGUGUGGGGGCCCCGUGGCCUCUCCUUUCUCCAUCUCGCUGGGGAGGGAAUUAAAGAAUCUAUCAACCAAAUAAUGUUAUUGUUUUGAGUUAAUUCUAUUGUUUGUGUGAAAUGUAAUAGAUAUUAGUCUUUGAUGUUGAUGGCAUUGAUUAAUUUAAAGUGAUAUUGUUACUUUCAGUUAUAACGUUGUUCGGCUAUUGUAACAACAUACGCUCUAUAUUCAGGUUUAGUGAUAAAUGCCUUGCAAGGUUCACAUAGUAUAGCAUGGUGUGCGAAAGGAGGGAUGGAUAGAUGGGUGGAUAGACAGGUGGUGCUCAAGGGUAAGCUGUUUGUCCUCCCUUGAAUCUGAGUUACUAAGGCGUGUUCGUUAAUGUAUUGUUAAUUUCUUUGUUGCAAGCUUCAAAAAUGUUAUCGUAAUGUUGACGUUUAUACUGUUAUCUACACACGUGCAUUAAGCUUAACACACGUGGAAGGAAUGCUAUAUAUUUUUCUAUGUCCCGCGGCUGUGUGUGGCAGGGAUCGUUUUCUGUAUAUCCUGCAGCGCGGGAUCACUGGCCACACCCUUCAGUAAGACUCGCUGCGGAAUGACUGGUACCGCGUGAAGGGAGACCCUUCUGUGGUGGUCAGAAUAAAGGUGUUUAGGAUA